GUAUGCAAAAUUCUAAAAAUCCCUAGUUUCUGUAAAUGGAUGAUUUUUCCAUUGUGGAUAUUUUAUAAACAACCGGUGCUCUAUUUCUGUUGACAAAUUAUAGCAAUUGUUUUAAUUGUUUUGAUAAAUUUAAUAAUUAUUAAUCAAAAUGGAAGAGGAGCUAAGAGAAAAAAUUGAUCAAGCUUGUAGGACAGCUGAAGAAUUUACAAAAGUUUAUUAUGAAAGUUUGGAUAAACGUAGACAUCUCAUUUCAAAACUUUACCUGGAUACGGCCACAAUGAUAUGGAAUGGAAAUGGAGUCGAUGGAAAAGAUGCAAUUCAAAAGUUUUGGAUUGAAUUACCGUCUUCGGAUCACAGUAUUAUUACUCUUGAUGCUCAGCCAAUUACUGGACCAGCCGUUGCAAACCAAUUGACGUUUCUCGUGAAAGUUAGUGGACAGGCAAAAUAUCAAGACAAAAAUCCGAAACCUUUUAAUCAAAAUUUUUUAAUAACAGCAAUAGGAGAUAAGUGGAAAAUUGUUAGCGAUUGUUUCCGAAUGCAAGAAGUUAUUGAUAAUUAAAUUAGUCUCAAGUUUGUGUUACUUGUUUAAAAUAGAUUUUAAGAUUAUGCAAAUUAAUAAAGAAAUUUUUUAUCAUGAAA